GUGUGUGCUGGGCCCGCGAGAAAAAGGGUGCGCUGCUGCGAGAGAUCGAUCGGCACCGGCGUCUCUGGCAGCCUCGCGGCGCUGGUGCUGCGGAGCCGUCACCCGACCGCGUCCGCUCCAGCGCUCAACGGCACACACAUGGCCGACCCCGACCUCGACCCGCUCAUCGCGGACAUGCUUCCCGACGCCGAGGCCAUCCUGGUUGACGGUGCCGGCGAGUUUGGCGCCAACGGCAUCUACAUGCGCUCCGCCGAGCCGCACCACGGCUGCCCGCAGUGGGAGCUUCCCGGCACGCGCUGGCGGAUCUACUGGCCGUGCGCGGGCGGCGCGUGCGGAUGGGUGAUUGGCGAGGCCACCGAGCCUGUGAGGACGCCGCACUACGUCUGCGAGGUCUCCGAGGCGCUCGGCCGGCGGCGCGGGCUGUGGCGCUCGCGCGGCGAGAUGGAGGCGUGGUGCCUUCGCGAGGGGAACUCGACGGAGCUGUUUGCGACGCGGUGGCACUGCUACCGCACCGGCCUGCUGCCGCCCAUGUUCGAGGGCGGCCUCGACCCGCCGCCCGACCUUGCCGCCCUCGCGCCGCGCAAACCGCCGGCCCGCCGCGACCCGGCACUUGAGCAGGCCGAGGCGAUGGCGUCGGCGGAGCUGCGGCAGGAGGCGCUCCUCUCCAACGGGCCGCCGUGGGACGUGCUCCUCCCCGCGGUCGCGGUGCUCGCUUUCUGCGCGCUCGCGACCGCCGCCCAUUUUGCGUCGAUCGCGUGGGAGGCGAUGGGCCUGACUGGCAACGCGCGCAUCGAGCUGUAGAGUAAGACUUGGUGCUGCGUGCACAGUGUGGUGUCGCGCGUAUACUC